CCAGAGUGGUACCUGGUAUAAUGUGUCAUCCGCUCGCUAGAUGGACACCCGUUAUCUCUAUCAAUCAUUUCAUCUAUCAAGGCCUCAAACACAGCACAAGCCACGUUUUGUACAGCAGUUUGUCCAUUACGACUAGGGUUUCGCUUUGGCAGACUGUGUUUGGGAAUAUCGGUGUGUGUGUGUGUGUGUGCUUUUACCAUGUCGCAUUAUUCCCAUCGUGAUGCUGUCAGGUGCUAAAUAAAGUGAGAACAAAAAUGUAAAAGGUAUGCUACAUACAUUGUAAGCGGAAUAUUAAGAUAGUGCAACUAGCGGCGUUUCCUUUAGGGAGUAUUCUUUAUAUUACACACUAAAGAUUGUACAGUAGGAUAUUUUGGUUUCUUGGAAUUGAGAGUUGUUUCUUCUUCUUCUCUAUAUUUUGUAUAGUACAACAGUAGUGUAUUUUUGAGAGAAAGGGGAAAAAGAUGGUUUUUUUCUGUCGCUAUUUCACUUUUGUGCUGAUGAAAUUUUCGGAGAAAACUGAAAAAAAAAAUGGUGAGGUCUCUGACUUGACACUGGAAACACAUAGGGGCGACCCCUGUCCGAUCUGGAUACAUUUUAUAAUUAACCUUACAGCAGUAGUAAACCGUAGACAAGGUGUUUAUAGUUAAAAGGAUAAAGAAAUUUAAGAAAGGGAAACAAAAAAAGAAGCUUCUGGUUGAUAAAGAAGAAAAAGAAGUAAAUGAUUCUUAUCAACCUGUAUCGAUCUUCCCCCCGUACGUAGAUAUUAAGAAGUCCUUAGGGGGGAUACUGCUAGUCUUACGCCAUUCUUGAUCCAAUUUUUUUUUUGUUCUUGUUCGAGUUCCCAUGGACGAUAACAACUUUAACAAGAUGCUGUGACUGAAUAUUGAAUGACGGUCAAAGACACGAAUUUCAUUACAGUUCAGUGAUUAUGAUAGCAUCAGUUAGUGGAGCCGACAGAUUUUCUUGUAAUUCCACUUUGUUUUUGUUUCGAAAUUUUCGACAAUCAUCAAUACGAUCGACAACAUUCUUUUGUUUUUAGUUCUUUCAAUUUCUCGUUUACGACAUACACAGAACAGGCAACGCCGGCUGAAAAACAGAAGACGACUCGCAGAGGAGGGGAGCAGGAAAAAAAAAACAUUUUUUCGUUUGUGUGUGUGUGUGUGUGUCAUAAAAAAAUCUAGUUUCUUUUUACUGUGUGUGUCUAUUUGGAUUGUGGCCACGUUUCUCCAUCUCAGUCAAAAGACACACAAGAAAUAAAAGAUGGCUGGACCUCCCAGAAAGUUCUUUGCCUUUGCUGGCAACUUGGCUAUUUUCGAUUGUUUUAGGUUGAACUGUCGCGGUUCGACAACACCUUCUUUUGUUGUAGUGAUUGCAGUAAAUUCAGGGCAGUCUAAACAAUACUCUUUGCCUUCAUUACAUUUUUCAAGUCAGAUUUUCUAGUUGCUUUUCCGUUUGUUGUUUUCCGAAUUUGUAAGCGACGUUCGCCAUCACCCACAUACUAUUUUCUCUUCCAUCUUAUAACGGCUCGUAAAAAAAUUUGGAUGUCGUAAAGUCUUCGAUAGAUCUUUUCGGCGUUGUCUUUUCCUACAUUUUCUGAUGGAUUUUAUAUUGGGUAGUCGAUCUUACAAAUGGCGUCGAAGACCUCCUGACAGUUUUCGUAUUAAGCUUGGUUUUAUAACUACAGCAACCUUAAAUAUCCCGAUACAAAGUACAGACGGGAUUAGAACGAUGGAAUUGUUACGGAAUUUUGACUUGAGUUGAGCUCUUAACAAAGAAGUAAACAAAAGUUAGAGGUAGCACACGAAAAUCAGUUCCUCCCUUUUGUCUGUUCGAUUAACCAUUCGUACGAACUUUAAAAUCAAUUUUCUAGUAUGUAUGCUAAGUUCUAGUUUGCUGGACUCUUUUUUUGUGCCGAGUGAUUGCUCUUGUGUUUUUAUUGGAUUUGCUUUUUUGCCCAGAGUUAUAUAUUGCAUUUUUAUUUGAUUUGACCAAUGAACAGUGAGUUUGUUGGUUGGCUGCAUUUUCUUUUUUUUUUGUGUUUUUCGAACAUUGGCGGUGGAUUAGGGUCAAUUUGUGAAAUCAAUUCCUUUUUCUUUUUUAAAUUUUCAGUUUUCUUUUUCUUCCAUUCUUUUUCCUUAUGAGCUGUUGGAUAGGGCUAGAUGAAGUAGGAGUGUCACACACAGCGGGUAUUCUUCUUCAUCUAAAAGCAGAACAGGUAGAUUUGUAAACCUUUAACAGUCCUCCCCUCUCCAAAAGAUAAGAAUAAAAAAAAAAAAAAAUGUUGAUGGUGGGAACACACACAGAAAGGUAAAGAGGAAGCCUCUGUGAAAACAAGAAAAUGCCGACCAAUCAUUUAGUGCGGAAGAGGUCGUGGGUGGAGUCUCGACUGCCACCAAUGGGACAACCCCGUUCCGUAAACCGGGCAGGACCUCCCAAGCCAGUAGAAAGGUGGCUGCGUGAAACACGAAACCCAACUGUCUUCAACCAUCCACGUCCGACGACGUACCAUUGUGACUUUGACCGAAGAAAAAUUUAGAAAAUCGAAAUUUUUUAAACGUCGAAAAAAAAAAAAUUGUUUUGUUUUUUUUCAUUCCACAGUGCGAUCACAAAUUGAUUUCGUAUAGGCAACAGUUCAUUUGUCGUGUCAUUGUGAGACUCAUUGUACUCAUUCUGUCGUGCCCCGUUUUUAUAAUUUCGUGUGGCUUUGUGUAUGUGCAUGUGCGUUCGUGUUGGAGCCCAAAAUUGAACCUGCAAUCGAAUUUGAACACCUGCCCAGUUCUUGCCGGCCAAGGAUGCGCUUUGAAAUGGACAAGGCGCCGCUCCAGCACUCGCAUCAACACACUCAUUCAGUCGUGUCCAGCAAUCCAUCCGCUCAUCAACAUAUUCUGUCAGCGGCUGAAGGCGGACUCCCGACAAUGGUCGGUCACGGCCGCUACAUCAAGAACGAUCCGGGCAAUGCGGGCAUCGAUCGUGAAUGCCGCGUUUCACUGGAGGAACGUGAUCUCUGGAGCAAAUUCCAAGAACUCACCAACGAAAUGAUUGUCACCAAAAACGGAAGGCGGAUGUUUCCCGUCGUGAAAGUGUCAGUUGGCGGCUUAGACCCUAAAGCCAUGUACUCUAUCUUACUGGAAUUUGUUCAAAUUGAUAGCGAAGGGCGGUGCCGAUACGUCGAAGGAAGAUGGAUCCCGAGCGGGAAAGCUGAACGGCCUCCAUCCAACGCCAUUUACGUGCACAACGAGUCACCAAAUUUUGGUGCCCAUUGGAUGAAGGAGCCAGUGAAUUUCUCCAAACUCAAGUUAUCUAACAAGAAAUCAGAGCCGGGCAUGAUUAUGCUAAAUUCAUUGCAUAAGUACGAGGCUCGUGUUCAUAUCGUCCGGGUGGGCACCGACGAACGGCGCAUUUUGACUUACGCUUUCCCCGAGACUCAAUUUAUUGCUGUCACUGCCUAUCAAAAUCCAGAGGUAACGGCGUUAAAAAUUAAACACAAUCCCUUCGCCAAAGCAUUUCUUGACUCGAAAGAGCGAUCCGGCGGGGGAGGCGGACACGGUGGUCAGCACGGCGACUCGUCCGACAGUGGUGUCCAUCCGCAUUCUAUGGUUCAUCAUCAGUAUUCUCAAUACGGAUCUUGGUAUUUGUCGCCUAGCGCCGCCCAUCAUCAGAGCGUCUACGCUGCCCAGCAAUUAGCAGCCGGCGGAGGAGGAUCUCGAUUACCGUCGGGUAGCAACGGAUCGACUUCAUCUUCAUCGCCUGUUGGUCGAGUAUCGUCUUCAUCAUCAUCUACUGGCACUACAAACGCCGGGCAUCAUCAUCACGCAAGUCACCGCGUCGUUCCUUACAGCGUCCCGUCGGCUGGACAUAAAUCGCCCAGCACCGUUCCCGGUUCUUAUCCAAUCAGUGCAACUCAGACGACGACUAGUACACCGUACGGCGCACCGCAUCACAAUGCGGGGCAAUCCGGCAGCUACAACAACACAGCGGCCAGCUGGACGGCCAACAACUGGAAUUGCGGUGCUAAUAAUGCGGCGGCCGCUGCCGCAGCAGCCGCAGCAGCCGCCGCCGCUGCAGCAGCCGUUUCUUCCGGUUCACCACCCAUUACCAGCAACAACAAUAUCACAAAUGGAUCUGUAGGCGCUCCGGUUGCCUCCUCAUCUUCCGCCGGAGGUAGCAGCUGGACCAGCAAUCAUCAAUUGCCAUGGCUCUCGUCGGCUGGCGAACCUUUCCAGCAUCAACAACAACAUUACGGAACGAAUCCAGCAGCCGCUUACAGUGCCGGCUAUAUGCCCUCGUCCCAUUACGGAGGAGCACCGACCGCCCAUCACAGCACAGAUUUCGGACUGUCCUUCUCUUCAACUGGUUAUCCCGUCGGCUUGCCCGGCUCGUAUCCAUCUGGUCACUACUUUUUCGGUGGUGGAGAUAAUUGCGGUUUCUAUAACAAUGCUGGAUGCCAGCAACAACAACAACAGACUCACCAACAACAGCAAUACCAGCAAGUGUCACCAGUAGCCGUGGAGCGAUCAGCAUCAACCAGUUCCAGUCCUGCAUUUGAAUCUCAUCAGCAACAACAACAACAGCAGGUGGUGCUGCAACAACAAGUCCAAGUGAAGCAAGAUCUCCUCUCCGAGAGUUUCAGCGAUCACAGUUCGCCGAGACAGGAUUGGAGUCCACUCACUCCUCCUACCGGAGUUUAAAACAAUUCAAAUCAAACCAAAAUGAUGUCAAAAGAAAACAAAAAAAAAUUAAUUCGUGACUGAAAAAAAUGUUUAUCGUCGUCGAAGCGCCAGUGACUGCUCCUUGUUUGUUUUGAGCACUCCGGAAGAUGAGAUUAUCAUUGUAGGCCUCGUCUCGAAUUCAACCGGACAGUUGUAUCAUAUUUAUCUCCGUCUCUACUCGAUAGUCUUUAGCUUCUUUUUGAUUUGUUUUUUUUUUUUUUAAUUUGUGGUCAUCGCCACAGCUAAGAGGUUGCUGAACUAGCACGACAUUCACCAUGUAUUCUUUUAUUUUUGUGUGAUUUUUUUUCACGUGCGCAAUAAUCCGCUCCCCCAGAUCGCAAUUGUUUUUUUUUUGUUGAUUUUACAAUUCUUACAGCACCUUCUCCCCUACAAUCCAAUUACAAAACACUUUUGAAUCCCCCCUCAAUUUCCUUAUUACUGCUGUCCCUGUCCCACCUCCCCUAUUAUUCCCAUUGACUGAUAUAUAAGCAAAAGUCUGUGCGUAGUGCUGUAUGUGUCUAGUACUGUAAAGGGACAGACAAAAGAGCUGUAAAUAGAUAUCGAAUCAUUUUCA